AUGACAGCAAGGGUCCAGGCCAUGCCGUCCAGCCCAGAAGCUCCACACAAGGAGCAGUGCUGGCUGGGGGCCUCUGGCCAGCGGUUAGAGUCAUGUGCAUCCUCCACCUGUAUAGCGGUCCCGGCAGGAAGGCCGGCCCGGGUGGACUGGCCCAGGGCCCUGCACCCGGGCAAGAUGGCCACGCCUCCGGCUGAGACGGGGAUCCCAGUAUGGAAGAGACUGAGACAAGAGCUUCCCAACCUGCUCCUUCACUCCCAUGACUACACUCUAUACCCAUCAGAUGUGGAAUUCAUCACUGAGAUCCUGAAUAUACGUACCAAAGGCCGGACAUUGUACAUUCUAUCACUGACCCUCUGCCGCUUCCUGGCCUGGAACUAUUUUGCACAACUUCAGUUAGAGGUUCUACAGCUGACCCGCCACUCCGAGAAUUGGACCCUGCAAGCCCGUUGGCGGCUUGUGGGGCUGCCCAUCCACAUGCUCUUUCUGCGUUUCUACAAGCGUGACAAGGAUGAGCUUUACCGGACCUAUGAUGCCUAUUCUACUUUCUACCUGAAUUCCAACGGCCUCAUUUGUCGCCAUCGCCUAGACAAAUUGAUGCCUUCACACUCACCCCCAACGCCUGUGAAGAAGCUGCUAGUGGGAGCCCUGGUGGCCCUGGGGCUGUCGGAGCCAAAACCCAACUUGCACCUGUUUUCCAAAGCCUGAUCCAGGAAUGGAGAUGGAGACAGCACUUGAAGACUUUGUUAUGCACAAGAGACAGGGGUGGAGGUGGCAAGGAAUCUCAGUAGCCAGCUUCUUUUCCCAAUUCUCCUUCCUUCCUU